CUGUCUGCUGAUCGCAUUUUUAUCCGCGUUUUAGUUUUAACAUGCAAUCACAUUUUUAUUGGCCACUGUGUGCACUUUUAAUAGUAACAUGUGUUUCGGGAGAGAAAGAUCUGAAGCAUUACAUCCAAUCGCGUUUGGAUUACGUCAACGAGCAGUUGGCGUCCACGCAGGACAAUUCCCGGAGUCCAGGUGUCGCGAAAGAUCUUGAUUUCCAUGCAGAAACUUCGAAGAUUGUUGCGGAUCAAUUCCAGCUGGUCCAAGUCUCGAAGGACCUACUCUUAAUUGACCAAGUCGUGUUCUCUAUCAGAUCUAACGGCGAUUUGGACGUCCAUCACAACUGCACGGAACAAUACACUUUCCUGAAGUUCUUUGACUAUGGAAAUCUAAGGCUAACGUUCGCUGCAUCUAACAAUUCUCAAUUCAACAUCUACAUCGAAAACAACACUUUAAUCCAAACUGUUACUUAUUCGCACCCAAUAUCAGAUGCAGUUAUGUUCGAGAAGAAAGGAAACAUAUUUUUGAUAGUCUCUUCUUGGAACCUUAACUCUAAAUCGCCUCUAACCUUAUAUAAAUGGGCUGGAGCCUAUUUCGAUGAGAUCCAAGAACUAUCUAUUAGUGGAGCAUUCGCUUUGGAGCAUUUCUCCGGAUCUUUGUCUACCGAAAUUAUAAUUGUUUUAAGGAAUAUGCAGCUCGCAAAGGCAGCUUCGUAUGUUUACGAAUUCAAUGAUGACAAACUGCGCAAAGUUCAGGUCUUGCCUCCAGCAAACCCGAAACAAUCAAUUGCAUUCCAAAGCCAAUCCCAGCAAUUCGUGUUUAUCUUUGAUCAUAGCGACAAAAGCAUUGCAUAUUUAUGGAAAAACGAAGAAUUAGUUCGUUAUGAAAUUUUUGAAAAUAUCCCAGAUGUACGUAAAGUAAUCAACGAGAGUUCGAAAAGUAUACCGUUAAUAUUCGUUGCAAAUAAGCAUACGGUAUACGUAUACACAGUUGAUGAUUCAAUAGAAUUAUUAAAUAGUCGAACGUUUCCUGAUAUGGAAAUAGUAGAACUAUCGCUAAUUGAAAAUUCUUUAGUAAUCUUCGCUUCAGAAAAUUCCAGUCUUAAGGAAAUCAUUAUACCCUUUGAUUUAAGACUUUCUGAAAUUGUGAGUCAGGUAGCAACGACAGAUAUCCUAGGAUCGUGCUUGAAUGAAUUGGGUGAAGCCUUGAAGAUAAACGAUGAAGAAAUAGCGCAUACGAUUAUACUAAAAUAUGACGAGAAUCAAAAUAAAUCGGUGCUGGGUGCUAGCAAUCAGGAAAUAACAAAGAUGGAUGACUUUGAGGGAAUUGUUGAAAACUUGGAAAGGAGAUUAAAUGAAUUGGAAUCAACGUUCUCUACGUUACUGCAAGAAAAUUUGGUUAUUGAAGGGAAAUUGAUCAUAGAAGGUAAUUUAUUGGUGAGAAAUCUAGAGGCUACUAAUAUUAUGACCAAACACUUGAAUGGGAUGAACUGGACCCCAGAUCAAUGGUUGUCUUACUCCAAAAAUCAAGGAAUAUCUGGUGAUGUUAAAAUAAUCAAUCUUACAGUAAUCAACGCCGAAGUGAAUCAUCCAAAUUCCAUUUUUAAUGAUAUGCUUCUGUUGAGCGGAAAUCAAAAAUUGAAAGGCGGUAAAUUAAGGAAUUUAAAAGCUGGCAAUGUGACUGUAGCUGAGGUUAACGGAAUCCAAAUGGGAGAUAUAUAUUUGAGGAGCCAUCCGGUAGUAAUCAAAGGAAACAAGACUUUCCCGGAGCUGCACGUCGAUGAAUUGAAAACAGAGAUGAUCAAUAAAAGAAACGUAUCGGAUGUGAUAAAGCUGUUUGGAGAUCCGAAAGCUGUGAAUUACGAGUUCGCUAGCAAACUAACAAUAGACGAUUUGAUAGUCGAGAAGGUGAACAACGUGGAUUGGAAGGAGUUCGAGAGUUCAGCUUUUCGGAUUGGCAGGGACCAGACUAUUAGAGGAAACCUUACGAUCGCCAGGGUGAAGACACACGACCUCAGCGCCAAGCGACUGGCUGGAAUCGAAAUCAAUAAUCUAUUUACAGUUAAUACGCCCCAAACCAUCCACUCGACUCUUCAUUUCAGGAAUAUCCAAGUCCCGAACGUUAUCACUGAUAAGGUGAACGGAUUGAAUUUGAAAGAAGAAGUAGCUACCUUUGGAAAUAACACAAUUAAAAGUCCGAUUACCAUAAAGAACAUCGAGAUCACCAAAUACCUACACUUGAAUCAAUCCAUCGACAAGUCUAGUAACUAUUACAUGGACAAUCCAAGCAUCAGCAAGAACAAGAAAGACUUUCAGAUUUACAGCGGGAAAGUUACAAUCAUGGGAGACGUUUAUUUAAAGAAUCUUAAUCUUGAAACUGCCAAGCUUCAUGUCGCUGGCAACGAGUUCAAUAAAGAUCAAUUCCAGCAAUAUUGGCUAAAGAAUACUACUCAAGAAAUACCGGUUCGUUUCGAAGCAUUACAAGGAAUCACUGCUCCGCAUCUUAGCACAGAAUUCUUGAAUACUGUACCUAUACGUAAUUAUAUGGUGAACGAUGCGGAAGAAAAUGGGCCUACAAAAUACAUAUUCGAAAACGCUACAGUGACCGGUAAUAUAAUUAUUGAUUAUAAUUUUCAGCAUACUCCAGAUUUGCUAGCACUUAGUGAAAAAGCUGUUAAAUUGGAAGGAACAUACGAAAUACAGGGCAAAAAGGUUUUCGCUGAUAGGAUUCAAGUAGAUGACCUUAAAGUCGAUCAAAUAAACGAUUUGAAUAUUGCUAAUUUACCAUCAGCGAUUAAUCCGCAAAUUACAGGAACUAAAAUCUUUAAUAAUAUGAUCGUAUCUGGAGAUGUUAAUUGUAAAAACCUUUUAACGAAUAAACUGAACGAUGCUACAAUGGAUCAAUUGUUCGGAAGGAUGCUCUUCACAGAUGUACCAACAACCAAGGAUAACUUGAACUUCUACAAUGCAACUGCGGAUAACCUGUAUGCGACCAACAUAAACAACAAACUCUUUAAUGAGUACGUGGUCCAGGUGAAUCAGAUUUACGUAAUGGAUACGAUGAACAGAGUGAUUGUAAAGGGCAACAGCACUCUGAAAAAUGUGAAUCAGGUUGUAUCAAUCAAUAACAUUAAUGUAAUAGAGAAGUUUGAGAAUGGGCGUAAAAGCAACGUGCUUAAGGGGAAUGUAACGUUCGAUGGGCGAAUCCACGUGAAAAAUCUAUAUCUGGUUAAUGUAAAUGGAAUCAAUUUCGAGAAUUUAUUGCCUAGACUGUAUUAUCGGCACUGGCCACAAAACGUAACGGCAAGGCAUUCGUUCGGAGUCGUAACGACGCAAAACAUCAUAACUCCGCGAAUCAAUGACAUCUACAUAUCCCAGCUCUUCGACGUCUCGUCCUUGGAGCCGCAAACUCUGCGCGUCCAGCAUGGUCUACAAAUCACUAGUCCUAAAUUCCUCAAAAGCUUGUACGCAAAUUUUGGCUUAUGCGAUUUUUCAAAUGCCAUAUGGAGCAUCACCAACAUUCCCACGCGAUUUUGGAACUCCAUCCAAAUCAACGGCGAAACCACUAUAUACGAUGGCGACUCCAAAAUCAUGGACUUAUUAAACAAUGCUGUGAUGAAGAACAAACCAGCAACGAUCACAGCCCCCGUCCACUUCAAUCACAUUUCAACCGAGAACCUUUUCACAGCGAAACCCUUGAACGGAGUUGAGUUGAAAGAUAUAUUCGAAGACGCCGUGAUGAAUAGCAUUCCUUAUACCGAUCAGGUGAUCACUGGGCAUAAAGAAUUUAUUUCAUUGAAAUCUGGAGGAGCCACAGUUUUUGGUAACGCCCAAAUUCCGAUAGUUAAUUCCUUAGAAAUCAACAAAAUCAAUAGCAGUAUUUUACGCGAUUUCAAGACACCAGUACGUGGAAGGAAAACCUUCUUCGGAGGUCUCCAAGCUAAAAGCCUUUACUCGAAAUUAGUAUCAGGCAUACUUCCUGAUAAUAUAGUUACCCUAUCUGAUCUUCGAAUUAUACCAAAUGCAAGCUUUGAUUCACUUGAAAUUAUUAACGAUUUCAACGUAAGCAUCGUGCAGAAACAGAAUUUCAACAAAUUCCUAGACGACAGGUUAUUGGUUAAUUCCGAAGAAGACCAAGUAGUUUCAGCGAUUUACUUUUUAGAAGAAAUUCAACUUAAUGGUCCGACGAGAAUCGUAGCGAUAAACGACAUCCUGUUAGAAGAUGUUGUGUUCGAUGAAGGAUCUCAAGUGAUUACAGGUCCGAAGACGCUAAUGACCAAUCUUUUCUUGCACGGAGACGUCCUGGUGGAUAAAGUAAACGGAUUCCGCCUUGAAGAUAUGCACCGGCUGAGUAUAAAAUUAUCGGAAGCCACGGACAUUUCGGGCAACCUGCGUUUUGAUGGUUAUUCAGAGAUAAAUGCGAACGUGGCUGCGCAAAGUAUCAACGGGGUGCCAAUUGAUGCCCUCAAGGAAAUGCUGGAAACGCAGAAUCCCCAGAUUAGGGCAGAUAUCGUUCAAGAUACGGUAGCUAAAAUCCAGCACGUCGUCGACGAAAACAUCGAGAUUAUUAAACGGUUGCCGGAUCAAUAUUUGUACUUGGAAAGGUCGGACAAAUUGCAGAUAGAUUUGGCGAACGCGGUGGACGCUCAACCGUUGAAGAAUGAAGACAGUGUUAUGAUGCACAUAAAGUCGGAAGAGCCGGGAAAUAAAUGCGGAUUACCAGAAGCCUGUUUGUGCUCCGGCCAACACACAAUGCAAAUAACGCCUGGAUAUUCGAAGAACGUGAUCGAAAAUAAAUACGGCCAGAGGGUGUUCAGCUAUCGCAACGAGGUGAUCUUCGUUCACGUAAUGACGAAUAGCGUUAGCAGUGGGGAAGAUUGCAGGACGAACGGUUCCUCUUUGUACGAGUAUACAACUUUGACCUGGACGGUAGCACCUGUUGGCAGCAGAAACGGCAGCUCGCACGUCUACCAAAACAUGAUCACCGGAUACAUAUCUGAUGUGAAGUUCUUCACCUCCGGGGGACAAGUGUACAUCGUGCUCAGCCGGUUCUACGACCCCAUCAUCAACAGCCAUGACCUCUUCUGUCAGGUGCUUAGGCUCUCCAAGGAAAUGGAUCAGGUCGAGGAUGUCCAGAGGAUACCAACGAAGGCCGCUUGGACCCUUCACAUCUUUUAUACGGCUCAAGGCAUCAACUUGAUUAUAGGAAACAAGGAAUACACGGAUUACAAUAAUGGCGAUUUAAGCACUGGCAUUUAUAGAUUCAACCCAGACAAGAAAUUGUUCUACUUGUUACGUACAAUUCCAAUACCUGGAUGCACGUCAGCCGCUUCCGUGGUAUUAGGAUACGACAGUCUCAUUAUAUUGGCCCACCGGAAGACGCCUCUACAAGUUUGGAAGUACUAUUCAGCAUUCGAAAACUAUUAUCUCUACCAAAGCAUUGUCUUCGAGCAUCCCGUAUCCAGUGUAUCUACUUUCUACACAGGCGGUGCGGGAAUCAGCGAUGCAUAUUUAACAGCCGUCACUGAUAACAACCACUUCUACGUCUACUCUUAUCAGUAUCUGGCCGGCUGGAAACUGGAAUCCGAAGGAGAAAUUGAUGGUCUCAAAGCCUUGGUGCCAUUUAGGCUUAACUACGAGCAGCUCUUAUUCGCACCGUCCAUCACCAAAAGCUCAAUCUUGACCGUCGUCAAGCACGGCCACUAAUUUAUUUGUUUGUUACUUGUUUUUGUCCAUGUCUAGAUUACAUUAAAGAA